AUGAAUCGAGAUUAUGCACCGUUGGAUGGUCGUAUUGAUAAUCUGGACAAUUCUAAAGAAUUAAUGCCUCCAAGGAGUGCUUCCCUAACUUCCGGUGACGACUCGUCAACAAGUCAAAGACUCAAUAAAUCACCUCCUAUCCCCAAAACAGAUAUGGAUAUAUCCAAACCUUAUGACAGUUUCCAUGAAAAUAAAACAAGCUCGUCAGAAAAUGAAUCUGAAAGUGGUCAAGGAUCAAUAAAUUAUGGGCCCACAACCCCACCAAUAGACGACCAUAUUGAAAAUCCAUUUGAAGACCAACCCACAACUUCCCUCAUAUCUCCUCCACAUUCAUUCAAAGAUCAAUAUGGGAAACUCUAUGACCAUGUAGACUUUGACACUAAGAAAUACACGUCUAAACUUCAAUUCAAAGGUACAAGGCUAGUUUAUUUCACCUCGGCAUUUGUUUCCUUGUUUGUUUCACUUUUUGGAUACGAACAAGGGGUAUGCUCGGGGAUUCUUACAUAUGUUACAUUCAAUUCUUAUUUCAAUAAUCCUUCACCUGCAGCCAUUGGAAUUGUGAUUUCUAUCCUUGAAAUUGGUGCUAUGGUUUCUUCCCUUGCAGUUUCCAAAAUAUCAGAUUUAUAUGGCCGUAAGAGAACUAUAUUACUUGGAACAUUUAUUUUUAUUAUUGGCGGUACAUUACAAACAUUUUCCACUAAUCUAUUCAUUUUCGGUAUUGGGAGAGUAUUAUCAGGAAUUGGUGUGGGGAUAUUAUCUACAAUUGUUCCAUCAUAUCAAUGUGAAAUCUCACCUUCUGAAGAAAGAGGGAAAUUGGUUUGUGGAGAAUUUACUGGGAAUAUUAGUGGAUAUUGUUUAAGUGUAUGGGUGGAUUAUUUUUGUUAUUUUUUACAAGAUAUUGGAGACGCAAGAACUUCACCACAUUCAUUCUGGGCAAAUUUAUCUUGGAGAUUACCAUUAUUUAUUCAAGUCAUCUUGGCAAUUAUUCUCUUUAUUGGAGGAUUUUUCAUUGUAGAGUCUCCCAGAUGGCUCUUGGAUGUAGAUAGAGACCAACAGGGAUUAAAUGUCUUGUCAUUAUUAUAUGAUAGUCAUAAAGAAGAUAACAAACCUACCACAGAAUUUUUCAUGAUUAAAAAUUCAAUUUUAUAUGAAAGAAUAACUAUUCCUAAAAGAGAAAGAAGUUUUAAAUUUAUGUUUAAAGCAUAUUUGCCCCGGAUUUUAAUUGCAUGUUCUGCCUUGGCAUUUGCACAAUUUAAUGGGAUAAACAUUAUCUCGUAUUAUGCCCCCUUAGUCUUUAAAGAAGCAGGAUUCAGUGAUUCUCAGGCACUUUUAAUGACAGGGAUCAACGGAUUGGUAUAUUUGAUUUCGACAAUUCCACCAUGGUUUUUAGUUGAUAAAUGGGGUAGAAAACCCAUUUUAAUCAGUGGUGGGUUAUCUAUGGCUGCAUGUUUGUUUCUAAUUUCUCUUGUCAUGUAUCAAGAUCGUCUGUAUACACCAUCUGUUGUUGCAUUCUUGGUGAUUGUUUAUAAUGCUUCAUUUGGAUAUAGUUGGGGACCAGUUGGAUUUCUUAUUCCACCAGAAGUAUAUCCACUUUCGAUCAGAUCGAAAGGUGUAUCACUUUCAACUGCUUCAAAUUGGUUAGCAAACUACAUUGUUGGACAACUUACCCCGAUUCUACAAGCUUCCAUAGGAUGGGUUAUGUAUUUAUUCCCGGCAUCAAGUUGUAUCAUAUCCAUUAUAGUUGUAUGGUAUUUUUAUCCAGAAACUAAAGGUAUUGAAUUAGAAGACAUAGAUAAAUUGUUUGAUGAAUACUAUGGGAAGAGUAAGAAGGUUAAUGAAGACUCCUACUACACAGAGUUAGAUGAUUUAGAUUAUGAAGUUCAAAGAUGA